AUGGCAGCCUCUAUCCAGUCCGCCGCCACAUUCCUCCAGUCGGCGAAGAUCGCCACCGCUCCUUCUCGCGGAACUGCUAACCUCCGCUCCACUCAGACCGUCGGCAAAUGUUUCGGGCUAGAAACUUCCUCUGCUCGCCUCACUUGCUCCUACCAAUCUGAGUUCAAGGACUUCGCCGGUAAAUGCUCCGACGCUGUCAAAAUCGCCGGAUUCGCUCUCGCCACCUCUGCUCUCGUUGUCUCGGGAGCAAGUGCAGAGGGAGCUCCAAAGAGGCUGACAUACGACGAGAUCCAGAGCAAGACAUACAUGGAAGUGAAGGGAACUGGAACAGCGAACCAGUGCCCAACUAUCGACGGUGGCUCUGAGACGUUCUCGUUCAAGCCCGGAAAGUACGCAGGCAAGAAGUUCUGCUUCGAGCCUACUUCCUUCACCGUCAAGGCUGAUAGUGUUAGCAAGAACGCACCUCCCGAUUUCCAAAACACCAAACUCAUGACCCGUCUCACCUACACCCUUGACGAGAUCGAAGGACCCUUCGAGGUUUCUGCAGACGGAAGCGUCAAUUUCAAGGAAGAAGACGGAAUCGACUACGCUGCAGUCACUGUCCAGCUUCCAGGAGGCGAGCGUGUGCCAUUCCUCUUCACAGUCAAACAGCUUGACGCCUCAGGCAAACCAGAUAAAUUCACCGGAAAGUUCUUAGUCCCAUCAUACCGUGGCUCGUCUUUCUUGGACCCAAAGGGUCGUGGUGGAUCCACAGGAUAUGACAACGCUGUGGCGUUGCCAGCUGGAGGCAGAGGAGACGAGGAAGAGCUUUCAAAGGAGAACGUGAAGAACACUGCAGCUUCGGUUGGAGAGAUCACUCUGAAAGUUACAAAGAGCAAACCAGAGACAGGAGAAGUGAUCGGAGUGUUUGAGAGUCUUCAGCCGUCGGAUACUGACUUGGGUGCUAAGGUACCGAAGGAUGUGAAGAUCCAAGGGGUGUGGUAUGGUCAACUUGAGUGA